CCGCCCCCUCCCCCUCCUCUGCUCUCUGCCCCAGAGAUGAGGGGUCUGCCGAGAGGGAGGGGGCUGAUGCGGGCCCGAGGGAGGGGGCGAGCGGCCCCCACGGGCAGCCGCGGCCGAGGAAGGGGGGGUGCGCACCGUGGAAGAGGUAGGCCCCGGAGCCUGCUCUCCUUGCCCAGGGCCCAAGCCACCUGGGCCUCCCAGCUGUCCCCCGGGCUGACCAGUGCCCCUGUCCCUUGUCUCCCCUCCCAGGGGGAGGCCCCCGCUGAGAUGGGGGCGCUGCUGCUGGACAAGGAGCCCCGAGGAGCCCCCGAGAGAGCACUUCAUGGCUCUUUGGGCGACACCCCUCAUAGUGAGGAGACCCUGCCCAAGGCCACCCAAGACUCCCUGGAGCCUGCUGGUCCCUCCUCUCCGGCCUCUGUCACUGUCACUGUUGGAGAUGAGGGGGCUGACACUCCUGUUGGGGCCACACCACUCCUUGGGGACGAACCCGAGAAUCUGGAGGCAGAUGGGGGCCGAAUCCUGCUGGGCCAUGCUACAAAGUCAUUCCCCUCUUCCCCCAGCAAGGGGGGCGCCUGUCCCAGCCGGGCCAAAAUGUCCAUGACCGGGGCAGGAAAAUCGCCCCCCUCGGUCCAGAGUUUGGCUAUGAGGUUGUUGAGUAUGCCAGGGGCCCAGGGAGCUGCCACAGCUGGACCUGAACCCCCUCCAACCACCACCAGCCCGGAAGGACAGCCCAAAGUACACCGAGCCAGGAAAACCAUGUCAAAACCUGGAAACGGACAGCCUCCAGUCCCUGAGAAGCGGCCCCCUGAAAUACAGCAUUUCCGCAUGAGUGACGACAUUCAUUCCAUGGGGAAGGUAACUUCAGAUGUGGCCAAAAGGAGAAAGCUGAACUCUGGCGGCCUGUCAGAAGACAUGGGUUCUGCCCGGGGCUCAGGAGAAGUGACCUUGGAGAAGGCAGACCCCAGGCCCCUGGAGGAGUGGGAAACCGUGGUGGGUGACGACUUCAGCCUCUACUAUGAUUCCUACUCUGUGGAUGAGCGUGUGGACUCUGACAGUAAGUCUGAAGUUGAAGCUCUCACUGAACAACUGAGUGAGGAGGAGGAAGAGGAGGAGGAGGAAGAAGAGGAGGAAGAAGAGGAGGAGGAGGAAGAAGAAGAGGAGGAGGAAGAGGACGAGGAAUCAGGCAAUCAGUCAGAUAGAAGUGGCUCUAGUGGUCGACGCAAAGCCAAGAAGAAAUGGCGGAAGGACAGCCCGUGGGUGAAGCCAUCUCGGAAACGGCGGAAACGAGAGCCGCCUCGGGCUAAGGAACCUCGAGGAGUGAAUGGUGUGGGCUCCUCAGGGCCCAGUGAGUACAUGGAGGUCCCUCUGGGGUCCCUGGAGCUGCCCAGCGAGGGGACCCUCUCUCCCAACCACGCUGGAGUAUCCAAUGAUACAUCUUCACUGGAGACAGAGCGCGGGUUUGAGGAGUUGCCCCUCUGCAGCUGCCGCAUGGAAGCACCCAAGAUCGACCGCAUCAGCGAGAGGGCAGGGCACAAGUGUAUGGCCACAGAGAGCGUGGAUGGAGAGCUAUCAGGCUGCAGUGCUGCCAUCCUAAAGCGGGAAACCAUGAGGCCCUCAAGCCGAGUGGCACUGAUGGUCCUCUGCGAGGCCCACCGCGCCCGCAUGGUCAAGCACCAUUGCUGCCCGGGCUGUGGCUACUUCUGCACAGCGGGCACCUUCCUAGAAUGUCACCCCGACUUCCGUGUGGCCCAUCGCUUCCAUAAAGCCUGUGUGUCCCAGCUCAAUGGGAUGGUCUUCUGUCCCCACUGUGGAGAGGAUGCUUCGGAGGCCCAGGAAGUGACCAUUCCCCGGGGCGACGGGGGUCCUCCCCCAGCUGGCGCCACAGCCCCUGCCCCUCCACCCCUGGCACAGGAUGCCCCGGGAAGAGCAGACACCUCCCAGCCCAGCGCCCGGAUGCGAGGGCACGGGGAGCCCCGGCGCCCGCCUUGUGACCCCCUGGCUGAUACCAUCGACAGCUCUGGGCCUUCGUUGACCUUACCCAACGGGGGCUGUCUUUCUGCCGUGGGGCUGCCCCCGGGGCCAGGCCGGGAAGCCUUGGAGAAGGCCUUGGUCAUCCAGGAAUCAGAGAGGAGGAAGAAGCUUCGCUUCCACCCAAGGCAGCUGUACCUGUCAGUGAAACAAGGAGAGCUGCAGAAAGUGAUCCUCAUGCUGUUGGACAACCUGGACCCCAACUUUCAGAGUGACCAGCAGAGCAAGCGUACGCCCCUGCACGCAGCUGCGCAGAAGGGUUCAGUAGAGAUCUGCCACGUGCUGCUGCAGGCAGGAGCCAACAUCAACGCCGUGGAUAAGCAGCAGCGCACGCCGCUGAUGGAGGCCGUGGUGAACAACCACCUGGAGGUGGCCCGCUAUAUGGUGCAGCUAGGUGGCUGCGUCUACAGCAAGGAAGAGGAUGGCUCCACCUGCCUCCACCACGCAGCCAAAAUCGGGAACUUGGAGAUGGUCAACCUGUUGCUGAGCACUGGCCAGGUGGACGUCAAUGCCCAGGACAGCGGAGGCUGGACGCCCAUCAUCUGGGCAGCUGAGCAUAAGCACAUUGAUGUGAUCCGCAUGCUGCUGACCCGGGGUGCCGACGUCACCCUUACUGAUAAUGAAGAGAACAUCUGCCUGCACUGGGCCUCCUUCACAGGCAGUGCUGCCAUUGCCGAGGUCCUCCUGAAUGCCCGCUGUGACCUUCAUGCUGUCAACUACCACGGAGACACGCCGCUGCACAUCGCUGCCAGGGAGAGCUACCACGACUGCGUUCUGUUGUUCCUGUCACGGGGAGCCAACCCUGAGCUGCGGAACAAGGAGGGGGACACGGCAUGGGACCUGACCCCAGAGCGCUCUGAUGUGUGGUUUGCACUGCAGCUUAACCGCAAACUCCGGCUUGGGGUAGGGAACCGAGCCAUUCGCACCGAAAAGAUCAUCUGCCGGGAUGUGGCCCGAGGCUAUGAGAAUAUCCCCAUCCCCUGUGUCAAUGGUGUGGAUGGUGAGCCGUGCCCCGAAGACUACAAGUACAUCUCUGAGAACUGUGAGACUUCCACCAUGAACAUUGACCGGAACAUCACCCAUCUGCAGCACUGCACAUGUGUGGACGACUGCUCCAGCUCUAACUGCCUGUGCGGCCAGCUCAGCAUCCGCUGCUGGUAUGACAAGGACGGGCGGCUGCUCCAGGAGUUUAACAAGAUCGAACCCCCUCUGAUCUUUGAGUGUAACCAGGCAUGCUCCUGCUGGAGAAACUGCAAGAACCGCGUGGUACAGAGCGGCAUCAAGGUACGGCUACAACUCUACCGAACAGCCAAAAUGGGCUGGGGGGUCCGUGCCCUGCAGACCAUCCCCCAGGGUACAUUCAUCUGCGAGUAUGUUGGGGAGCUGAUCUCUGAUGCAGAAGCUGAUGUGAGAGAGGAUGAUUCUUAUCUCUUCGACUUAGACAACAAGGAUGGAGAGGUGUACUGCAUCGAUGCCCGUUACUAUGGCAACAUUAGCCGCUUCAUCAACCACCUGUGUGACCCCAACAUCAUCCCGGUCCGGGUCUUCAUGCUGCACCAAGACCUACGGUUUCCACGGAUCGCCUUCUUCAGUUCCCGGGACAUCCGUACUGGGGAGGAGCUGGGCUUUGACUAUGGUGACCGUUUCUGGGAUAUCAAGAGCAAGUAUUUCACCUGCCAGUGCGGCUCUGAAAAGUGCAAGCACUCAGCAGAGGCCAUUGCCCUGGAGCAGAGUCGCCUGGCCCGCCUGGACCCCCACCCUGAGCUGCUACCUGAGCUCGGCUCCCUGCCCCCUAUCAACACUUGAGGACAGACCACUGCCCUGCCCUGCCCACCUGGUCGCUCCUCAGCAGCCAUCUGUCGCACCGUCUGCCACCCAGGCCUGGGACGCUGCCCACUGCCCCUCACACAUUCCUCCACCAGAGACCCCAGCCAGGCCUGGAGGUCAGACGGCCCCUCUCCCAGGGCUGGUUCCUCCCUAGGAGAGUGACUUCAGGGCUGCCCUUGCCCCACUGAGCCCAUCAUCAGUCAAAAUGGGAUGACUUGAAGUUAGGCCUCCCUGCCAACUGGCUUUCUGUGUUCUCAAUAAAUGUUGAAUUUAGUAAUAAA